AUGGUGUCUGCUGCAGAUUUCUUUCAACAGGAUUUUGAUUAUAUUAUCAUUGGGGGCGGAACAACUGGCCUUGCAUUGGCCUCAAUCCUUUCAACUAAUGCUAGUAUUCGUGUAGGAGUCAUUGAAGCAGGUCUGAGGAAGGAUGAUGAGAUGAUUCUUGUGCCUGGCAUGGUUGGGAAGGCUGUUGGAAACCCCGAAUAUGACUGGAAUUUGGUCACAAAACCUCAACAAUUUGCUCAGAAUCGGAAGAUAUCAAUCCCUAGAGGCAAAGUUCUUGGUGGCACAUCAGCAUUGAAUUAUAUGGCUUACUGUCGCGGUUCCGAGCUCGAGCAUAACGACUGGGAGAAACUCGGCAUCAAAGGGUGGAAUUGGAAUACCAUCAGUAAUGCAAUUAAAUCUGCUGAGGCUUGGAGCCCUCCAACUCGUCACGCCAAGGCGCAUCACGCAGAUGAUGUUGCGAAAAAUCAUGGCAGGUACGGCUAUGUCAAGACGAGUGCAUACAGCUACUAUUAUGAUCUCGUUUUGCCAUUGUUUGAGACCAUGAAUAGGAUGGGUGUGGUCACUAACCAAUCUGAAGCCUCCGGAGACAAUAUAGGCAUUUGGACGUACACAGCGUCCAUUGAUCCUCAAACCAAUACACGCUGUUACAGUACAAAUGCGUAUUAUGACCGGGUUUCUAACCGACCAAACAUCAUUGUACUUACUGGCGCACAAGCCUCUAAAGUGAUUUUCAGACAAACCUCCAGUAGUGAUAUGCAAGCUACGGCAGUUGAAUAUCAUAAAGGGGGACGGGCUUACAAAGUCCCUGUGCGCCGGGAAGUUAUCAUAUCAACUGGUGCUCUGCAAACCCCCCAGAUUCUAGAACUUUCAGGGAUUGGGGAUCCAGACCUCUUGCGUAGACUGAAUAUUCCCGUAAUAGUUGAUUUACCUGGUGUUGGCGAAAACCUUCAGGACCACCCUAAGGUAUCCAUGGGCGCAGAGCUGAAAGGCUCGCACGAGACCGUGGAUGAUCUCAAUUCAGAAAGCUUUGCUCAACAAAAAUUAGAACAAUAUCGUCUUUCCAGAACAGGGAUACUCAGUAGCACACUGUCUACCGUGGUAUUCGUUCCAUUGUCAUCUUUCAUCCCACCCGACAAGAUGCGAAGUAUACUCUCAACCCUGGAUGAGGCUCUACAAUUACCGCAAAUCCAAAACUCGCCCUGGAAAAAAUGGUACGAAGUCCAACGCGCCUGGCUUGAGAACAAUGGUAUUGCUCAGUUAGAGGUGGUUUUAGAACCUUCUUACACCCAUGUCGGGUGCACUAAUGAAAAAGCUAAGCAUUACACGAUAAUGGUCUUCCUGCAGCAUGCUUGGAGUCGAGGACAUGUGCAUGCAACUUCUUCAUCCGUGUUGGAUUCGCCAGAGAUUGACCUGGAAAUGCUCAAUUCUUUGGGAAACAUUGAUAUGAUGAUGCUUUUGGAAGCUUUGAAAUACGUUUUCAAGAUCAUGGAGACAGGGGCUCUGGGCGACUUGACUGCGGAAAUCAUUGAACCUAAACCUUCUUGGUCAGACGAACGACUGAUGGAUUACAUCCGCUCAGACAUCGCCAGCGGAUUCCAUCCUAUCGGGACAGCUUCGAUGCUCCCUCGAUCCGCUAAUGGCGUCGUCGAUAAUGAACUGAAGGUCAAAUAUCACAUUGAGUAUAAUUAUCUGUUAGACGAACUCGCGGAUUCUUUACAGGUGUAUGGAACAACCAAUCUGAGAGUGGCGGACGCCAGCGUUUUCCCAAUCCAUGUGGGAACUCAUCCUCAAGCCACGCUUUAUGGGUUAGCUCACAAAGCCGCAGAAAUCAUUCAAACCAGCGAAAAAGUUGAACUUUGA